ACAUAAUGCUCCAAACAAAAACCCUCUCCUCGAAAACUUUACCAUCCCCAUGGGCCUCCUUUCUUCCAGAAACUCUAUUCGCUCUCCCUCUUAUCUUCUCCCUCUCCUCGUUUUGUUAUCCAUCUUCUCUCUCAGUGCUGUGUUCUUCCUCUACAAGGUUGAUGACUUCGCUACACGGAUAAAAACUUUGGCUGGAGACAACUUAGACCCAACGCCAUGGCAUUUAUUUCCCCCAAAAGAAUUACACAAAGACACUUCACCACGCUCCCGCGCGUACAAAGUGUUACACUGUUCGUAUCUCUCUUGUUCCUCGUUAUCUCAAUGGCAAACACCGCUCCGUUUUGACUCCUCUAAACCGGUGGAGAAUUGCCCGCAAUUCUUUCGUUGGAUCCACCAUGAUCUGGAGCCGUGGGCCAAGACUGGGAUAAACAUGACCCACAUAAUGGAAGCGAAGAAAUUAGCUGCUUUUAGAGUUGUGAUUGUUGGUGGGAGAUUGUUUGUGGAUCUUUAUUAUGAUUGUGUACAGAGCAGAGCCAUGUUCACAAUAUGGGGAUUGUUGCAGAUGCUUAAAAGGUACCCUGGGAUGGUGCCUGACGUUGAUAUCAUGUUUGAUUGCAUGGACAAGCCUGUUAUUGAUAGAACGACAAAUGGGCCGUUGCCUCUGCCAUUGUUUCGGUAUUGUACAAAUCAAAGAAGUUUUGAUAUCCCAUUUCCUGAUUGGUCGUUUUGGGGUUGGCCAGAGACAAAUUUACGACCCUGGAGUGAGGAGUUCCCGGACAUUAAAGUAGGUUCCCAUGCUAAAAAUUGGUCACAGAAGUUUCCCCUUGCUUACUGGAAGGGAAAUCCAGAUGUUGCUUCUCCUCUGCGUUUAGAGUUACUAAAAUGCAAUGACACUGAGCGCUGGGGAGCGCAAAUUAUGCGUCAGAAUUGGACUGAAGAAGCAAAAGAUGGAUUUGAGAAGUCCAAACUAUCGAACCAGUGUAAGAAUCGGUACAAGAUCUAUGCUGAAGGCUUCGCUUGGUCUGUGAGCUUGAAAUAUAUUCUAUCAUGUAAUUCUCUUGCUCUGAUAAUUGCUCCUCAGUAUGAAGAUUUCUUCACCCGUGGUCUCAUUCCUAAGAAAAACUACUGGCCUGUCUCUCCUACUAAUUUGUGCCCCUCUAUUAAAUUUGCCGUUGACUGGGGUAACUCAAACCCAUCUGAGGCUGAGACAAUGGGACAAAGAGGACAAGAUUUCAUGGAAAGCUUAAGUAUGGAUCGAGUGUAUGAUUACAUGUUUCACCUUAUCGCAGAGUACUCAAAGCUGCAGGACUUGGCACCAUCUCCACCAUCGUCUGCUCUCGAAGUUUGUGUUGAUUCGCUGCUUUGUUUGGCUGAUGCUAACCAGAGGAAGUUCCUUGAAAGAACAUAUACCUUUCCUUCACCAACCCCACCAUGCAAACUUGAGCCUUCCAAUCAAUCUGUCAUCAAGAGUUGGAUGAAUGAAAAAGAGGAAGCAAUCAAUGAGGUCAGGAAUAUGGAAGCUCAGAAAAAUCCAGUGUAGAAUCCAUUAUAAGCAGACAUUGCUGCUGUAAAAAUAUAUAUAUAUAUAUAUAUUAUAUACAUUGAAUCAUUU